AUGUUUGCUGCUCGCCGUUUCGCCGCUCAGAUCCCUCGCGCCCGCGUUGCGCCUUUCCACAGCACCGCCCCGGCUUUCGUCCAGAAGGGCGAUGCCAUCCCCAACAUCGACCUGGUCGAGAACUCGCCCGGCAACAAGGUUAACCUCGCCAAGGAGCUCCAGGGCAAGGGUGUCAUCGUUGGUGUUCCCGCGGCUUUCAGCCCCGCCUGCUCCGCCAGUCACAUCCCCGGCUACAUCAACCACCCCAAGCUCAAGGAGGCCGGCCCGGUUUUCGUCGUCACCGUCAACGAUCCAUUCGUGACCAAGGCUUGGGCUGAUUCCCUGGACCCCCAGGGCAAGAGUGGCGUUCGCAUUCUGGGCGACCCCGCCGGCGAGUUCACCAAGGCUCUUGACCUGAGCUUCGACAGCGCCGCCAUCUUUGGCAACGACCGCAGCAAGCGCUAUGCUCUACUGGUCGAGAACGGCAAGGUCAAGGAGGCUUUCGUGGAACCCGACAACAUCGGUCUGAACGUCUCGGCUGCCGAGAAGGUCCUUGCUUAA